UAACAUCUUGCUGCACUGGGACAUUUACUGAUACUUGCCUCUUGCAGUGGGACUGAAGUUGAAUUCUGUGGACCCAACAAUGAGCAUUGACUUGAAAUACUUGGGUGUGCAGCUUCCUCUUUCCUACUCCAAUUACUCUUUGUGGAGCUAUCCAGGAACCAAUCCCAAUUCUCCAGAUACCGGAUUUCCUUUUGUUUCCAGGACAGGGAAGACAAAUGAUUUCACAAAGAUCAAAGGCUGGCGAGGGAAGCUUCAUGGUGCUUCUAGAAAUGAAGGUGGCAGUUCAGAAGGUUCCCUGAAGAAUCGCUCAGCGUUCUGUAGUGACAAGCUGGAUGAGUACCUGGAAAAUGAAGGGAAAUUGAUGGAAACGAGUAUGGGAUUCUCUUCCAGCACUCCCACUUCUCCUGUGGUGUACCAGCUUCCCACUAAGAGCACUAGCUACGUGCGAACUCUCGACAGUGUUCUAAAGAAGCAGGCUACCAUAAUCCCAUCAACAUCUUAUUCAUUGAAGCCUGUUUCUUUAUCAUCUACCUCUAGGAAGACAAAGACUCAAAGUAGACAGACAUCUACAAACAGUAGGGCAAAAUCAUCUUACAAGCCUAUACUGCCUUCACCUUUUUCUGGAAGGCAGAAACAGAACUCUUCAGCAUUAGGGGAGAAGGCUGCUAAGCCUGCCUCAGACAGCAGUUUGACUAACCAAGCAGACAGUUCUACAGCACCAGCUGUGGAUGAAAACACACUUCCAAAACAGAUCAGCUUGCCCCAAGCAGCACAGCAGCAACAAGGAGCUCGUCCACCAGGUCUGUCUAAGUCUCAAGUGAAGCUAAUGGACUUGGAGGACUGUGCUCUGUGGGAUGGCAAACCACGGACUUACAUUACGGAAGAACGAGCAGAGAUCUCUCUGGCAACCCUGCUUACAGCUCAGGCUUCUCUCAAAAAUAAACCUAUCCACAAAAUAACAAGGCGACAGGCACCUCCUUGCAACAAGGAGUUCUGCCGACUGGGUUGUGUUUGUGCCAGUCUGGCCCUGGAGAAACGUCAGCCCACCCACUGCCGCAGGCCAGACUGCAUGUUUGGUUGCACCUGCUUGAAGAGGAGAGUGUUGUUGGUGAAGGGGGGAACAAAACAUAAGAAGAUCAUGAAAAAGGCUGUGCUCUAUGGAACACAAGAAGAGCUAGAGGAUGAAGAUGCGGAGGAAGAGGGUGAUGGAGAGGAAGAUGAGCUGAAGCAGAAAGAUAAGAAGAAGAGAAAAAGGGCAGAGUACA